CUAAUCCGAUUUCGCUUCACAAUUCACAUUUGCCCAUCAACUCAUUUCAAUUUCAACACCUAGUAAACCUGUUCUUAAUCCUGUGUGCAAAUCUGUAGUUUUGGAGUCACAAGCUUGCGUCGCUAACGGAGGUAGUGAAGAGAUAAACAAAUAUGGCUAUGUUGGAUCAAAGAUCUCACGUGGUUUCUCAACCCAUUGAUUACACAAAGAGAAGGAGAUCAAGGAGCCGGAAGAGCGGCAACAAAAGUAUUGCAGAAACACUCGCUAUGUGGAAGGAAUACAACGUAAAACUUGAUUCCCUUGAAAAUGGCAACAAAUUGGAGCGCAAAGCUCCUGCAAAAGGAUCAAAAAAGGGAUGUAUGAAAGGGAAGGGAGGUCCUGAGAAUUAUCAUUGCAAAUACAGAGGGGUUAGGCAAAGAACAUGGGGCAAAUGGGUUGCCGAGAUUCGGGAGCCCCACAGGGGAAGCAGGCUCUGGUUAGGCACUUUUGGUACUGCACUAGAAGCUGCUUUAGCAUACGACGAAGCAGCCAAAGCAAUGUAUGGCCAAACUGCAAGGCUUAAUUUCCCGAAUCACAGCCCUUCCAAGGUAGAAGAUGUUAAAGAUUUGCCUGCUCCAUCUGCUACAGAGUCCACAAGUUCUAGCCUCUCCGAAGUCUGCCAUGAUGAUGUCAAAUCUAUGAUGACCGAAGUUCCACCGAUGAAAACUCAAGAACGCCAGUGCCAUGAGGCGAGCACUCCAAUGAGCACAAUCAAAGACGAAGUAGUCGAUGCAGAACCCGACAAAGAAUUAAAAGAAAAGGCUAAAGUUGAUUCGAACAUGGAUGCCUAUGUUGGGAACUUUACUGGCCCAAAGAAAACUGAUCCGGGUGGCUACAAUGGUCACAACAUCGGGUCUUAUCCAUUCAUGGAAAACUUUCCAUUGGAUGAGAUGUUUGAUGCCGAAGAGCUUCUCAUAGAAUUGGAUUCUACCUCAGGCAAUGUGGGAUCAGCUCAAUGGCAGCAUCCAGAUGCCCGGCGGCCCGACAGCCUUGGUGAUGAUCAAAAUCGAGAGCAAGAGCAUCCACGAGACAACGGAUUGGAUUUCUUGAGGCCGGGUAGACCGGAAGACGACAACUAUUUAUGGAAUGAUACUCUCUUGGAUUUUGAUUUCGAUUUUGACUUGUGCGUGUGAUUAUGAUGGAGAGCUAUUUAAGAGUUCCAAAGGAGAAGACACAGAGGGGAAGUAUGAAUUAUACAGAACAUAGUAUGGUUUUUCUAGAAAUUACAGCAGAGUUGUAGAAAUUCAAUCUCUGCUCACAGACAACACAACACAGUACCGAGACUUGUUGUAUGUUUUGAUGUAUUCUUUUCCAUUUGUUUAUUUAUUUUUUUCUUUCA